UCCACCAUUAAUACCACUGCCAUUCUACUAUGCUUCUACUUCUCCACCCAAUCCAAACACAUUCUUUCUUCAUUCUUGGUUGGUUUCCGAGGCCGUCGGUGGCGGUGGACACAGAUCCCCACCUCACCUUCCUACAAUAUUACACAGCUUUCUCGGGUUCAUCUUCAUGGAAACCAGCAUCACCGCCACUAAGUUGCAGAAGAAGCACAAAUGGUUCCUUCUCUUAGUUUUUUCGCUCUUGUUCUCUACUCUUUUGAUUCUCAUCACCAUAACUUCUUCAUCCACUUCUACCCAGUUGCUCUUUCUCCGUCAGCGUGGGAACGCUGAUCAUUUCCGCCCUCAGUAUCCGCAUUUUGUGGAAUUCAAGUUGCCUAAACCUGUGGUUUCAACAAGAAAAAUACCUCGUCUUGCGUAUUUGAUAUCUGGAUCUGCAGGGGAUGGAGUUAGCAUCAAGAGAACAUUGAAAGCGUUGUAUCAUCCGAGGAAUCAGUACGCAGUGCAUUUGGACUUGGAGGCGGCGGCGGAUGAGAGGUUGGACCUGGCGAGAUGGGUGAGAAGCGAGAAGCUUUUUAAUGAGGUGGGGAAUGUGAGGGUAGUUGUGAGGUCUAAUUUGGUAACUUAUAGAGGGCCUACUAUGGUCAGUAAUACUCUUCAUGCUGCGGCCAUUUUGAUGAGAGAAGGUGGGGAUUGGGAUUGGUUUAUCAAUUUGAGUGCUUCAGAUUAUCCCUUGCUUACUCAAGAUGAUCUGCUUCACACGUUGUCUACAAUUCCAAGAAACCUUAAUUUUAUUGAGCACACCAGUGACAUUGGUUGGAAGGAGUAUCAGAGAGCCAAGCCUGUCAUAAUUGAUCCAGGCUUGUACAGCCUGCGAAAGUCAGAUGUUUAUUGGGUUUCAGAGAAAAGGAGUGUGCCAACUGCGUUUAAGCUGUUUACAGGUUCUGCUUGGAUGAUGCUUUCUCGCCCUUUCGUGGAAUAUUGCCUCUGGGGUUGGGACAAUCUCCCAAGAAUAGUCCUCAUGUAUUAUGCAAACUUCCUAUCUUCUCCUGAGGGAUAUUUCCACACAGUAAUAUGCAAUGCUGAUGAGUUCAAGAACACUACAGUUAACCAUGACCUUCACUUCAUAUCUUGGGACAAUCCUCCCAGGCAACACCCACAUUUCCUCACUGUUGAUGACUACCAAAGGAUGGUUGACAGCAAUGCUCCAUUUGCAAGAAAAUUUGGCAAGAACGAUCCGAUUCUUGACAAAAUUGAUUCCAAUAUUCUGGGUCGCUCAGCUGAUGGUUUUGUUCCAGGUGGAUGGUUCAGAAAUGAAGGAGAUGUAAACAUGACCAUCCCAGAUCCUGUUAGAAUAAAUACCACUGAACUUGAUCCUGGUCCUGGUGCUCAAAGGCUCAAGCGGCUGAUCAACAAUCUGUUGUCGGCAGAAGAUUUUCACUCGAAACAUUGCAUCUGAGUAACAUAGUCCUAUGUCUGGAUAAAUAAUGAUGCAGAAAGUCUUCAUUUUUGCUUGGUCAUUGAUGGAUCAUUUCCAUGGGUAACAGAAGAUUUGCUAAUGGGACAAACAAGACAAUAGGAACACAAGGUGUAAGGAAACUGCUCUCUGUAUAAGAUAUAUUGUUAUACACAUAUCUUUCAGCUCAAUAGCUGGAUAGGCCAUAUAAGAUAAAAAAACUAAGGAAAAUUUAUUAUUUAGUCCCUAUAUUGUGAGGAAACUCAUUAUUAGCCCAUCUAUUUAAAAAGUUUACUAAUUAGUCUUCCAUUAAUUUUAA